UAGUAAUAAUAGGUUUAUAACUUAAUUUUAUUAAUAGUGUGAUUUAAAUUAUGGCCUGGCUCCAUUUAAUAUUGUGGUCGCCAAUCAUGAAGAAACUGUUCCACCGAUUGGACAACAAUAACGGCAAUCGCGAUAGUAAUGCCAGUGCGGCCAACACGACAUCGUCGUCGUCGUCGGGCAACAGCUAUGUGGGCAAAGUGUUUACCAUCAAUAGGUAUCACUGCACUGUUGAGGACACCAUCGCUGAAGGUGGCUUUGCACUGGUAUUUCUAGUAAAGGCUCAAAACAGUGUGCGAUAUGCACUCAAACGUAUGUUUGUUAACAAUGAUUUUGAUCUUAAUGUUUGCAAACGCGAGAUACAAAUUGCUACAAACUUGGGAUCGCAUAAAAAUAUAGUGGGUUUGGUCGACUCGGCCAUCAACUACUGUGGCGAUGGUGUCCACGAAGUGCUUAUGCUUAUGAAUUACUGCAAAGGUCAUGUGUUGCAAAUGAUGAACGAUCGGAUCAACACUGGUUUUACUGAACAAGAAGUGUUAAAAAUAUUCUGCGAUAUCUGUGAAGCCGUGGCCCGACUUCAUCACAAUCAGCCGCCUAUUAUUCAUAGAGAUCUUAAGAUUGAAAAUAUACUUAUAUCUGAAAGUGGUUCCUAUCAAUUGUGUGAUUUUGGUUCGGCUACUGUUAAAGUGCUAAGAAGUAGUGACACUCAAAGUGUUUUGGACAUCGAAGAAGAGAUUAAGAAGUAUACAACACUGUCAUACCGGGCGCCCGAAAUGAUUGACUUAUACGCUGCAAAACCCAUUACAACCAAAGCCGAUAUCUGGGCGUUGGGUUGUCUUCUCUAUAAACUAUGUUUCUUUCAAUUACCAUUUGGCGAGUCAACUCUUGCCAUACAAAACGCUCAGUUAGUUAUACCGGACAGUUCCAAGUACUCAAACAAAUUGCACGCUUUGAUUAAAUUAAUGCUCGAACUGGACAUUGAUGUACGACCCGAUAUCUACUCUGUCUCUAUACUUGCCUUUCAAUUGAUGGGCAAAGAGUCGCCAGUCGUUAAUGUAAAUAACAGUACUGUUCCAAAAUGGUCGACCCUAUCGUUGCCAAUGACUGAGUCGGAGGCGCGCGACGCCAAACGUAAUGCCAAACAUAACAAUAAUGUGAUCAACAAUCGAGAAGUGCCUCUUCAUAGCAGCACUGGUGGCACAAUAACCACUUCUGCUACCAUUGAAGGCACAAGUGUUACCCCAAGACAACGACCCAAAGGUGGCACAAGUGGGCAAUUAUCGAUACCAGUAUUAGGUGCUAACCGGGCGACGACACCCAUUGAGCAUUCAACCACUAAAUUAGCUGUCAAUCAGUCAAUGCCGACUUCGCAUAGUUUUACGUCAGCCAACCAAUUAGGCUCUCAGUCGCAGUCCGUAUCAUUAUCAGCUCCGACAUCCAAUCUGGUCUCACCCAACACAAACAUUCCGCAGCAGCAAACAGCUGUAGUCACUACCGUAGCGAUGAGUAAUUUAAAUAAUCCAUUUAUUGUUGUCGGGCCAACACAAGGAGGAGUCCGACGAACUCAGACCCCUCCCGGAGCUAAAUCUCCAACAGAAGGUCAUAUUUCGUCGCCGCAUAAUCAUUGGUCUCAUCGGCGAAAUGUUAGCGACACAUCCGGCUUCUGCAGCAAAGAUUUAGUCCAAUUAGUCAACGCCGAUAGUACUACUAUUCACUCAAGUAAUUCAUUGUCGUCUAAAACUAUCGGUACAUACAGUGUCGUCACCAAAGGCUGGAAUCCUUUUGAAGAGGAAUUUAGACAACCAACUGAUCAAUCAGUCGAUGACCAAACAUUUGGACACGAAUUCGAUAAAAUAAGGAAAGGAUCACAAAGUAGCAUAUCAAACGUGAAGAGUCGGGAAGAUCUAGUCAUGUCGUCCACACCUGAGGCCGACCCGUUUGGUGCGGCGCCGUUUGAUCCGCAAAAGAUGCGCAAACAUCUGCACAAACAGGAACUCAUCAAAAAGCAACACGAGUUAAAUGAUUUACUUUUAACAACCAAUUGUUCAUUAAAUAUUGCAAACAAAGGUCUAUCAGUCCCGACAACAUAUAUGCCAUUAUAUUCCUCUGACGCCGAAGACGGCGAAGACAUUGUAGCGAUUGGCGGAGAUAGUCAAGAGAUGCGGUCACUGCCACCGGUGUCGUUGCCGAUAAGGAAUCGCAACAAUUCGGAGACAUCGACCACAACAUCACAGUCGACGAUAGCCUCGAAUGAGGGAUCGGUUGUUCGCAACAAUUUUACGAAAGCGCCCGCAGAGGACAGGUCUAAAUAUGAAAAGUUUUUUGAUGCCGACGCCGAUGAUGAUCACGAAGGAAAUGAUGGCGAAAGAGAUUCUAUUGGAUCAGCUUCUGAUCUGAGGGACUCUGAGGAGACUCCCGACGAUGGCAUUGAUGAGGAUGACGACGAAGAGGAAGACUUUGCGCAAGAAGUGACGGCAAUUGAGAUUAAAAUGAAAGAUUCUUCGCGUCAAAUAAAACCAAAGCCAGUUUUGGUAGUCGAUGGCGAUGACCUACUCAUCGGUCAUAUCGAUGGCGAUAAACCACUGCUCUGUGAUGAAGAUGAAGAGUCAUCGCCACAGGUGUCACACGUCGACAGUCAUCAAAUGCCUUCGUUGUCUUCCCUGUCAAACGAUGUGUUUGCUUCGGCGCCGUUUAGGAAACCACAUUCAAAGUCUAAGAAAAAGAAUGAUAAGAUUAGUAUCGAAUCGGAAGACAUUAAAUUAGUUGAAACAACUACUUCUGGCGAUGAAAUUGAUGAAGAAGUGGCACGCAAUAUGAGGGCACAGGUAGUCAAGGAUUCAAUAGUUGGUCCCAAAGAUUUGUUUGGUUCAAAGCCGUUCAAUGAACAACAAUUAGUCAAUUGUGACGAACAAUUACAAAGUCUUCAAAUGCAAUACUAUGCCGAACAACAAUUACAACUUCAACAACAACAACAACAACUUAUACAAUCACAACCUAACAUUCAGCCGCAACAACAAACACCCGAACAAUUUCAGCGAUUAAUUCAACAACAAUAUCAACAAAAAAUAAUUGUAAAUGAAGUGCAACUUCAGACACGACCAGAACUAUCACAACAACAAUCUCAAAGGCCAUCUCAAGAUCUGUUCGGUGCCGUUCCCUUUGCUAGUAAUCCAGUGACCAAUAAGGUGAUCGCACCGAUUCCGCCGCCAAAUACAGUAGCCCAGCGGCCAAUAGUACCGCCAAAGACAAGCAAAGUUUUGUCUGUCGUGAGUUCGACACCCAAAAAGAUUACACCAAUUAUCCAUCAAACGGCUACGGCAUCAAUACCUGGCCAGUCGUCGGAGUUAUCGUUAUCUCCGCCCGCGUCAACAUCAGUUAAAACGAAAUCUUUAGUUAAAACUAAGCCAAAGUUGAAAGUGUUGUCAAAAACGGCGAAAAAGUACGAAGUAGACGAAGACGAUGACGACAUCGAUGGACUCAUCAGUAAUGAGAACGACGACGAAAUGAUCGACACGAAGAAGAAAAAUAAAAAAGAUAAAAGAGAGAAAACGGAUAAAAAGGAGAAGAAUAAAGAAAAGGGAGAAAAAUCUAAGGAUAAGUCCGAAAAAGUGAAAGAAAAAGAUAAAUCUAAAGACAAGACAAAGAAAUCAAAAGACAAGGAUAAGUCAAGACAUCAGGCCUUUGCCAACAUGUCGUUCGAAGACGUGACCGACGAUGCGGUUGACUCCCUGAAGACAUACCAUCAACAUCAACAGCACCAGACAAUGGCCAAAGUGGGCAAAUAGUAGUAGUGAUCGACCAGUUUUUAGGGUGUCUGUCGUCUCAUUAUAAUUUAAUAUUAACACUAUAUAAAUAUAUUUAAAUUAAUUCACUCAUUAAUUAAUC